AUGGAAAUGAAAACUGCUAAUCAAGAACAGCCGACUCAAAGUUCAAGCGAUAUUGAAAAUAUUCUACAAGCUCAAACCUGAAAACGCAAGCGGAUGCCUAAACAGCCCCAAAAACAAUUAAUAAGCCAUACGAAAUCAGCUUCCCAAGAAAUUACUGCCAAUAAACCCCAAAAAGCUAUGAAAUUGCCUUCAAUAAAAAACAAAAUCUCUCCAUAUCUGAUGACCGUAAACUUAAUAAAAAAUACGAUCAAUCCGCCACGGCAUGGCUCUACAUUUGACCAAAGCUCGAACCACAGCUCAAAGCUGUUCCGCUUUGCGAUUCCUUACAAAAUAUUGAAAGAUUCAUUAAAAAUUGAUCUUGUCAAUCGACAGAAAUCAGUGUCAGUCACUACAAUGAAAGUGCCUUUGUUCCCUCGAUCACCUUAUGGAAAGCAUAAGCCAGAUCCUGAUAUCACUUUUCAAGAAACACCUAUUGAUAAAGUCCCAGCCAAAAUCAGGAGAUCUUUUUGCACAUAA